AUGGCGGAGGGAGCACAGAACUGCAGCCACGAGCAUGCGGCCGGCAUCGUGGGGUACGUGUCAGAGACGAAGCCGUUCACUGCCAUCCUAAAACAACGAUACACAGACUUCCAGGUGUGGGAAGAGCGUGGCGCCCAGCGCGCGGAGCUCACGUCGCUCGCGAUCCCCGAGGUGCCCAAACUCGCGACCGACCCAGCGGCCCCCACGCCCAACGCCCCAGGGCCAGCCGCCGACGCUGACGCCGCCCCGAGCCUCCCCGAGGACGCCAGCCCGGAGGAGAAGAUCGAGUCAUUCUGCAAGGAGAUCGCGGGCAUCGCCGGCGACGCGGAAGCGGCGAAACUCAAGGCCUGGCUGCUGCCCGGCGACGACGGCACGCCGUCCGGGUUCGUGGACAUUGUGGCGCCCGACGACAAGGCGCGGCGCACGCAGAUCCACAAGCUGAUCAAGGCGGACCCGCGGCUGCCGUGCGCGCUCGUCACGGAGACGCAGAAGGUGUACGGGCCGGGCGGGAGGGGCGACGGCGAGGUGAGCGUGGUUCGAGUGGCCACGGCCGGAGCGCGGCGCGGCAUCAAGCGCAAGCGCAGCGAGCGCGACGGCGGGCGGCCGGGCUCCGCGGCCGCGGACUGGCCGGGCGGCCCGGACCGCCCGUUUAUCGAGUUUAUCUUGUACAAGGAGAAUAUGGAAACAGUAUCUGCCGUGGGGCUGGUCUCGAGGUGGCUGCACGUGCGCCCCAAGGCGCUGGGGAUCUCCGGCACGAAGGACAAGCGCGGCGUGACGUGCCAGUACGUCAGCGCGUUCCGCGUCGGCCCGGAGAAGGUGGUUGAGCUCAACAAGCGGCUGCGCGGGGCGCGCCUCCAGGUGGUCGGGUACCGCGCGCGGAAGAUCUCGCUGGGGGACCACACGGGGAACCGGUUCAAGGUCGUGCUGCGGGCGAUUCAGGGCGCGAGCCGGGACGAGGUGGAGGCUUGUCUCCGCGCCGUUCGGGAUCGAGGAUUUCUCAAUUACUUUGGACUGCAGCGAUUCGGCGUGGGCGAGGUCCCCACGCACCUCGUCGGCGCUGCGCUCGCGCGCGGCGCCUGGGGCGAGGCGGUGGACUCGAUCAUGGCGCCCCGCCCCGGGGAGCGCGAGGACUGGGCCCAGGGGCGCCGGCUGUUCCUGGACUCUGGCGACGCGCAGGGCGCGCUGAAGGUGCUGCCGCGCAUGCUGGUCGGGGAGCGCGCGGUGCUGGAGUCGCUGGCGAAGGCCGCUCCGGGCGACCGCGGCGCGAAGCUGUCGGCGUUGCAGGCGAUCCCGCGACACCUGCGGAUGAUGUACAUGCACGCGCUGCAGUCCUAUUUUUGGAACAAGGCCGCGACGCACCGCGUGGCGACGUUCGGUGUCGACGGCGUGGUCGAGGGCGACCUGGUUGUGCUGGACGCGGACGCCGCGGCGGGCGGCGGCGGCGACGAGAUCUUCGACGGCGAGGCGGCGGCGCUGGCGGAGCCGAAGGACGGGCAGGAGGCGGCGCGGAAGAAGCUCGCGAGGGUGCACGUGGUCACCGCGGAGGAGGCGGCGCGCGGAGCGUUCGAAAUGUCGCAGGUCGUCCUGCCGAUCCCGGGCAGCCUGACCGUCCUCCCCGGCCACUCGACCGCCGACGUGUACCGCGCGGAGGCGAAAGCCCUCGGCGUGGAGCUCCCGAGCGCCGACGGCGGCGGCCGCGUGCACAACGUCGCAGAGUUCAGCCUCGCGGACCUCCCGGGGGACUACAGGCAGGUGGUCCACAAGCCGCGGGACAUGACGUGGCGGUUCCACACGUACACCGACCCGCAGCAAGACCUCGCGGAAACGGACCUCCAACGCCUCCAGGCGCGCGGCGGGGACGUGUUCAAGUCGCACGGCGCCGAGGGGGCGCCGCGGGAGAAGCCCGGCGAGGCCGGUGCGGCGCCGGCGGCGGAGCUGACAGCGGUCGAGUUGGAGUUCUCCCUGCCUAAGUCGGCGUACGCGACGAUGCUGGUGCGGGAGGUGACGAAGGAGUCGUCGGCGGUGCAGCACCACAAGAGCCUCGGGGACGGAACGGGCCCGGCUGCGACGGGCGCCGCGUGA